AUGCUUUAUUUAGAUUGUUCUACUCAAAUGCCCACAAGUUCUUCCUCUAAGAUCACCAUUAGUGGACGCUUUCUUGAUGCUGACAAAGAACGUUUAAUACUUUCACUUCCACUAGAAGGAUAUGCGAAGAAACCUUUGGUAUCAUUGAACGAAGCAGUUGCGCGAGUAGCUAACAUGGUUCAUGAAGUUGAGAAACGUGUCUGGAUAGCAAUGGAGAGAAGCCGAAGUCCACCAGACGGUCUCGAGCAGAACGAAUCAGCUGCCGUACGACUUUAUACGGCUGAAUGGGAUGCUGGUUAUGACAGUCUCUAUAAAUUAUUAAAUGAAACACUUCGUCUUGAAGAUCGAAAAAAACUAAUACCUUGGUUUUCUUACUUGAAACUCCUUCUUACUGCUCUAUUUAAAUUACCAUCGUUUCGUGGAACUGUCUGGCGUGGUGUACAAGUCAACCUUUACUCUUCAUACAAUGUUGGCAGUCAUAUUACAUGGUGGGCAUUUAGUUCGUGUAGUGGAUCAAGGAAGAUUGCAGAAGAGCAAUUUCUAAGUUCAUCACGUGUUAGUACUCUAUUUGAAAUCGAAUGCUUGAAUGGAAAAAGUAUCAAGCAACAUUCUUUUUAUGGACAGGAGGAAGAAAUAUUGCUUCUUCCAAGCAGUUACUUUGAAGUGGUUAGGAAAAGGAUGGUUGUCGAUGACUUAUGUGUUAUUUAUUUACGUGAACUACUACCACCUUUCAGCUUACUUGAACCUCCAUUUCCUAUGGAUGAGAACCCAUCGAUGUCAAAUGCUGCCGCUGACAAUAAAACUGCACCAAUAUUGAUUGGUAAGAGUCAUAUGAAUGAAUAUUUGAUUUAG